AUGCGGCAUACCAACCGAGCGAUGGUUGGCAUAGCAGCCGCUGCUGCUUUGUUAGCCCUCGCUCUCAUAGCUUCGGUCUUGUCAACCAAAGAGUUGCUUGCACCUUCAGUAGAGUAUCAGAAGAGGGCCUUCACGCAGUCUCUAGACAUUGACUACCCGCCUCUUCCUUAUGAUGGAAGCUUUUCCCUCACCCCUGACGGCUACGAUGGCAACGACUACAAAGAGAGCUUCAAUGGAGGGGACGUGGAUGGUUCAUCCUGGAGGCAGUAUGUUCCGUUGGCAGUUUGGCCUGAAAUUGAAUGGUUCGACGAGAAUGGGUACGACCUCAGUUACAUGCAGUUUCGGGUGCGAUGCUGA